AUGCUUUUUUCAUAUCGCAUCCAUUAAAAUCUCACUUUAAACAAUUCUUAGUAGGUGAAUAAUUCUAAUAACAAUAAACUGUUGUAUGUAUAUCAGUUUUUAAUCUGUCAAAUUGACAGAUAAAGAAUGUACCAAUCUUUUUACCUAUAUUAAAGUACAAACGCCUAUUUUAAUAUAUUUAAAACAUUCAUCAUGUGUGGUAAAGAAGUAUGAUCCUUAUAAAUCAUUUAUUUUAAAUCAUACUUAGAAAUUAUUUGUCUUUUAGUUAUAAACGUUAAAUAUUCGCAUUUUUAUUAAAUAUCUUCCAUUAUGAAUGCAUAUAACAAAAACACACACGGAUCAAGUAUAUCGGGAAACGCAUUCGAUCGUUGGGUACAAAGGACUAAUAUGCAUGACGAUUCCACUAUUACAAAAAUGCAACAUCAGUUUUGGGUUACAAAACAAGCUUUAUCACGGAAAUUAGGAAAAAAAGAAGAUGAAUGUAUAGUAGCAUCAGAUGCAGAAUUAGAUGCCAAGUUAGAAUUGUUUCGUAGCAUUCAAGAAUCUUGUUCUUAUUUGCAAAGAAUUAUUGAUAAAUAUCAAGAAAGAUUAUGCAAUCUUGCACAAGAAGAAAAUGCAAUGGGACGAUUUCUUAAAGAUGCUGGUAAACAAGAUAAAACUAGAGCUGGCAAGAUGAUGACAGCAGUUGGGAAAUCAUUAUCAUAUUCUGGUCAACAAAGACUUGCAUUAAGAGCUCCAUUGGGACGAUUAUAUCAAGAAGUAGAAACAUUUAGACAAAGAGCUAUUGAAGAUACAUUGCAAAAGGUUCAAGCAAUGGAAAAGGCUCGCACUGAAUACAGAGCAGCUCUAUCAUGGAUGAAAAAUGUUUCUCAGGAAUUAGAUCCUGAUACAUCAAAACAGUUAGAAAGAUUCCGUAAAGUUCAAACAUGUGUUAGACAAGGUAAAAUAGCCUUUGAUAACCUGGCUUUAGAUUGUCUUCAAAAAGUUGAUUUAUUGGCUGCAGCAAGAUGUAAUAUGUUUAGCCAUGCUUUAGUUUUAUAUCAAAGUACGCUUUUAAAUUUUACUGAAAAAUCUGCACAAGCAUAUUCCACAAUAGCAAAUAGUUUUAAAGGCUAUCAACGAUAUGAUUUUAUGGUUGUAAAAGAACUUACCGAACCUUCAACUAAAUUAGCUCAGGAAACUGGAGGUGAUGAUGAUCUUGAUGAAAAAGACAAAUUAUCAUUUUUUGACAUGGAUUAUCAUGAUAAUGUUGAAGAAGCUGAAGAAGUAAAACCAAUCAAACAGAAUAUAGUUGAAAACGAUAAACAAGAUGAAAAAUUAUUGGAUAUUGAGUAUGAAACAAAAGAUAUGUUAGGAUUAGAAGAAUUGGAUUUAAAUUCUAGUUCUUCAAAUAAUAGAAUCAUGCAAUCAAUUUCUGAAGUAGAACAGAAAGAAAAUCUCGAACAACUUUUUGAAAAUUUAAUCUUAGAUAAUAAUGUAUCUCAUACUGACAUUAUACAAGAUAUUAUACAAGAAGGAACUCAAUCUAAAUUUAAUAAAAAAUUUGAUGAACAAAAUCUAACAAUGGAUAUAUUUGAUAAAUCUGAUACAAAUUUUAAUCUAGCUGAUUUCUCUUCCUUAGAACAAAAUUCAAAAGAACAAUCUUUACAAUCCCUUACCUCGGAAAAUAUGGUACUUUUAAAUGAUAUUCUUAUUGAUAAAGAAAAUACUGAUAGCGAAUGGGAAGCGAUCUCGAAUGAUACAUUUUUACCACCAAAUAUAUUAAAACAAAGUUUAGGUGAUGCAACUCUUGGUAUUGGACAAAAAAAUAUACUUACUACUACUAAUAUGGAUGACAAAAAAAAGAAUAAGACUGGCAAACUAAAGGGUAAUUCCUGGUUGGAUUUAUUUGCUGAAUUGGAUCCUUUGGCUAACAAUCCAAUGGAAAAUCUUUCUAGUGAUAGUAAUGCAUCUGCUUAAUAAUCAUCUUUCUAAAUUUAUUAAGCUUAAAAUUAUAUUCAUGAUAUAAUAUAAUCAUUUAUAAUUUACGACAACAAUCAGAAAACACAUAUUUAUUUUUUUUAAAUAGAAUAAUGCUGUAAGCAUUAUUUAGUUCUUACAUAUACACUAAUAUUAAAUAUUUGCUGUUUGAAUUUUAAUUUUAACAUUCCAGAUUUGUUAAAUCUAAUGAAAAUAACAAAAUGAUGAUAAGAA